CGUUUGAAAUAAACAAACAUUAUCACCGUUGGUGGUGCUGUUUUAAUUGAAGAUGGCAGCCCCCAUCAACAACAGAGCUUGCACCAAGAGCACCGAAGAAAAUACGCAAAAAAACUGUAUACAUGGGUAUAGAACUUUUUAUGAAAUACCCAAGAAUGUUCCUUUAGGUCAGAAAAAUAGUUACGACAACAGGAAAUCUGAUACAAAGUCCUUGUUAAAGUAUAUCGACGAAAAUGUGUUAGGCAACAAUACAUCAUUUGCUGGGCCAUUUGGUCAACGAACAGUUACCUAUUGUGAUUAUACAGCUUCCGGAAGGUCACUGAAAUUCAUUGAGGAUUACAUAAGGGAACAGGUGUUGCCAGUGUAUGGAAACACACACACAACAACUACAGUGACAUCCUUACAGACAACUCUGUUUCGUCAUGAAGGAAGAGAUAUAAUUCGUAACGCCGUGAAAGCAAGUGAGCAUGACGCUGUUAUAUUCGUUGGCAAUGGAUGCACAGCUGCGGUACAUAAAUUACUCAACGCCCUCAACCUGAGCACACCUCCGGUUGUUUUUGUUGGACCAUUUGAGCAUCACUCAACAUUUUUACCAUGGAGGGAAAUUGGAGCCAAGGUUGUUCGAAUAUCACAAGAUUCACAAGGAGGAGUCAACAUGAAUCACCUGGAGGAGGAAUUAAAGAAAUGGAAGUCCACUGGAAAGCAGUUGAUUGGUUGUUUCUCAGCUGCAUCGAACAUCACUGGAAUUGAAGUGGAUACUGAGUCAAUAACAACAUGUCUUCACCACCACGAUGCCCUUGCUUUCUGGGACUACGCUACAGCUGGUCCUUAUGUCAAGAUCGAUAUGAAUCCUGUUACAAGUAACCCAGGCCUUGCCUAUAAAGAUGCGAUAUUCCUAUCUCCUCAUAAGUUUGUUGGUGGCGUCGAGACUCCAGGAAUAUUGAUCGCAAAAAAGAGACUCUUCAGAAAUCCAGUGCCAACUGAUGGAGGAGGUGGCGGAUCUGUAUUCUUUGUAACGAGGGAAAGUCAUCGUUAUUUACAGCAAGUUGAAAUGCGAGAGGAAGGCGGUACACCCUCUAUAGUAGGAGCAAUUAGAGCUGGUAUGGUGUUUCAGCUGAAGGAGGCUGUUGGAGCUGAUGUGAUAACGCAGAAGGAGCACCAGCUUAGCAAGAGAGCACUGGCUGCUUGGAAAACUUGUAAAAAUUUGGUGUUACUUGGCAACAAGUCUUGCACAAGACUUCCCAUCUUCAGUUUCCUUAUAAGGCAUCCCACCACAAGACAGUUCCUGCACCAUAACUUCAUUUGUGCAGUGCUUAACGAUGUCUUUGGUAUACAAGCAAGAGGAGGGUGUGCGUGUGCUGGCCCAUAUGCUCAGGACCUGUUGGGAAUAGAUGAAAAACUAGCUAAAGAAAUUGAAUCACUCUUGUUAGAGGACAGCCGACUAGAUAGAACUCACCUGAGAAGGUAUCAAGAAUACUCUGAAAGGGAAAUAUUAAGGCCUGGAUUUUCUCGCAUCAACUUGCCUUACUUCAUGAGCGAUGCGGCAGUUGACUUUGUUGUUUCUGCUGUUGCCAUGGUAGCGGAUGAAGGAUGGAAGCUGUUACCGCAAUAUAUGUUUAAUCCUGAAACCGGUGAAUGGAAGCAACGUAAUCACCAAGUGUUUAGAGACCGCCGAUGGCUUGGUUCGAUCUCGUAUUCAUCUGGUAAAUUAACUUACCCUAACCUCCCAGCACCGAAGAACAAAGGGCGGUCACCAGAAGACUAUGAGGAUUGUCUGAAUUUGGCCAAUGAAAUAUUCAACACAGCAGUAAAUAUUGAUCUCCCAGACCAAACCCUACUCUUUGACAAACGAGCAGAAUCUCUGCGAUGGUUUAUGCUUCCUAGUGAAGCUAUGCAGAUCCAGCGAGACCCUAGUAGUUCCACAGUAAAAGCGUUGCCAUUCCGUCCACCGAAUGAUUCUGAUUCUGAUACAGCACCACAGGAGGUGAAAGAGGAAGGUGCAGAAGUGGCGAUGGACUCACCAGUGAUUGGCAGACAAUUAUCAUCUGAGGAUUUAUCACUUGAUGUUGAUGUUGCUACAGAAAAAGAAGUGGGGAAAGUGACCCGCACAUCACCAGAUGAUGUCAGCAUCCAGAAUCAAACUGGAGAAUGUUUACCAUGUCAAACGCAUAUGAAUCUGAAUAUAAUUGAAAAUAGUAAUGCAAUGUGUUUCUUUAAGUCAGUAAACCAAGAAUUUUAUGAGGAUCACGUGGCAGCAGCAGGAGAUGGAAGUCCAGAGCAUACUGACACUGAACACAAAUCUUCAGAGAUGGCUGCACCAGAAUUUAAAGGUGAUCUGAAGAAAGAUUUAAAAUCAUUAGAAGAUAAACCUAAUGAUUAUCUAGACUCUGUGUCCUCGGAAAGGUUGACAAAAUUAACUGAAAACCAAGAAAUUAAAAACUCAACAUCACCAAAUCCUGGCUAUGAAGGAACAUUUCCUAGUUGUCCGAUAGUUAAAAGAAAACCUCGCAAAAGUCAACAGAAACCACAAAAACAGAAUACAAAAAUGAAGAAAAGAUUGGAUGGAAAAUCAAGGUUUUAUCCACCUCCAAAGUGCAUAUUCAAACCAACGAUUGAGGCCCUCGAAGAAUAUAACAUGAUACUGCAAGGGGACAAAGUACUUGUGUGUUUGUCUGGUGGAAAAGACAGUUUAUCAUUGCUCCACACACUCAAACAGUAUCAGUAUUAUGCCAAGAAGAAGGAUAUAGAAUUUCUCCUUGGUGCUGUUACAGUUGACCCACAAACAUCAACCUAUGACCCCAGCCCCCUGAAAGGUUACUUGGCAGAGCUGGGGGUACCAUACUUUUAUGAGGAACAGUGUAUCAUGGAGCAAGCAGCAGCUCUACCGGAGUGUACGUCCAUUUGUAGCUUUUGUUCUCGAAUGAAGCGAGGCAGGAUAUACGCAGCGGCAAGACGAGAAGGGUUCAACGUACUUGCAAUGGGUCAGCACUUAGAUGAUCUAGCUGAGAGUUUCUUUAUGUCCAUCUUUCACAAUGGUCUUAUGAGGACUAUGAAAGCCAACUAUGUUGUUAAAGAAGGCGAUUUAAGGGUUGUGAGGCCAUUUGUGUAUGUUCGAGAAAAAGACCUUAGAGAAUUUGCCAAAGAGAUGUGUUUACCAGUUAUUUCUGAAAAUUGCCCGGCUUGCUUUGAGGCUCCAAAGGAAAGACAUCGAACAAAGCAACUCUUAGCCACUCAGGAACUUCUAUUUCCGCGAUUGUACCAAAGCCUAGCAACUGCUAUGAAGCCAUUAAUGGCAAAAACAAGGACUGGAAUGGAAUCUACAAGGAAGAAUAUUGACGAUAAUAAUAUUAAUAGAGAGGAUGAAGUGGAGGAGGAUGAUUUAUGAUGCACCCUAAAGAGAUUAAGGUUUGCUUGGCAAACGACGAUGGUCCGAGAAAUGUCACUGAAGCAUUGAGACCACCUGUAUACAAAUGCUUUAUCAAAUGGAAAUUCCAACUGGAUGAUUAUUAUGAAUCAGAUGUUAUAUAUAUUUAUAUAUACUGUAUAUUAGAAAUUAUAUAUAUACGCUAUUAUAUAAUUAUGUAUGUCAUAUAAUGUAUGUUUUUUUGGAAUUGUGACACUAAACUAAUCAGUAUUAAUAUAUGUACUUGUUUUGUUGAAAUAACUUCAACAAGUUACUGGAAGCCACUUCAAGGUAAAUGGUUAAUUUUUUAUUAAUUGUAUUUAUAUACCAUGAAAUGCAACUAGGACAGAAACAUAUUGAAGGCCGAACAACUUUUCAGACAGACAGCAAUACAAGCUGAGUUAUUCAAGCAUGGCAAGUUCAAGAGAGGUCAGUAUGUUAUUUGAACUUGCGACCUCAUUAAGAACCAGAAUGAAAGCCACUGAAUUGAACUGCCUUCCGAAAAUGUACAUAUCACAACUCAAUUUCAUAAAUAUAAAACUUGAGUCAGGAUCAGAACUGAUUAGUUUAUAUCACCAAUUUAUUAUUUUAAUCAAUUACAAAAAUAACAUAAAUAUAAACAUAUAUAAAUACAACAUAAAAAUAAUAUUUCCAAUCAACCAUCUAGGCAUUGUCAGAAGUUUGCAUUGUCACUAACCAAUAAAAAGUAUGUAUGCUAAAGUUUUACACUAGACAAGGUACGCAAAUGCAAGAAGUGCUGCUACACCGACGGCAAUCACAGCGUUCACCCUUUAGUGUGGACCGCUUUACAUUAGGUGCCGAAUAGCAGGCCCAGCGCAGCCUGACUUUUUUAACAAGAGAAGGAAUGGUGUUACGUCUAGUGUGUAGAGUGUGAAUUGAGCUUUAUUGUACAACUAAAGAACGCUCUGCAUUCACAUCGGAUCCGAACCGAAAUUCGGACCGCGUUUCUGAUGCACUGAACGCUUGCAUUCCUAUUCUUACACUUACACACUGAUUCAAUUUUCAGAUCGGUAGGUUUUUCCGUCCAAAAAUUCGUAUUCAUGUAAUUAGAAUUUAGGAAUUUGUCUACCUAAUAACGAAGAGCAUAGAACUGCAAGAGGUCUUACUGUUGUGGUUUUCAUAUCCUAUUUUAAAAAAAGUCCCUAAAAGACGAGUUUCGUGCGAAUUCUACAUCAAAGAUCUUAUAAACACAGGAUAGUGUUCUCUGCGAUUUCCGCAUGCAAAUUCUGUAAUAACGAAGUAUACGGCGCCUUCUUGCAAAAAUGAAAACUUUUGGAACUUUCACUGAUUUGACCAUAGUGUACACCGUGCUACUUUACGUUUACGCGUAACAAUUAAAAGCGUCCGAUUUACAAUGCACCCUCUUUUUAGAACAAUUAAAGCUGGGCGAAUUUAUUCUUGGAAUCGAAAGUGUUGGUGUAUGUGCAUUCACAUUCCUAUCGGAGUUUUUGCGAAGAGAAAAAAUGCGCAACCAAUCAGAGGGUAAGGAAGGCAAAACCGAUGCUUAAGGAACAUUUAAUAUACUUAGUACCGAACAUUGGCGUAACCGAACACCCUAUCACAGACCCAUGGCAACGACUAGGAUCCCCUCUCCCAAAAGUGAUUACUUUUCUGUGCCAAAUCGACGCUUCUAUUUGUUACGUGUAAAUCGCAGAGAAAGCCAUCUUGUGUUUAUAACAUCUUUGAUUCAAAUUCUAAUAGGGCGCCCCCUAUUUCGUGGCAUUACUUUUUUUUUUAACAUUUCAUUGCGUGCAUACGAAAUAAGGGCAGUCGGACUACUUGCAGUUCUAUAAACUUUCAAAAUGGUCAUCUCUAGGUUACCAACUAAACGUACAUUUACAUUUACAAUUUUACAUCAAUUUUAUAUGUCAGUUAUUUAUAUAUUUUUUAUAUAUGCAAUUAUACUUUGUAAGUUAUAGAAUAAACAAGAUAUAAAAUUG